AUGGGGCAGUGCGUCUCGAGCGGCUCCGCCAGCGCCAACAGCAGCGGCACUCUCGAUAAACCAAACUCCCGCUGCCAGGCCCCCGGUUGCCAGAAGGCUUGCGAUCCGGGGUCCAGGUCGCGAUACUGCGCUCAGCACGCUGUGUAUACGUGUCGGGUAUCCAAGUGUUCCAACGAGCAGGUCAGGGUUCACGAUGCCCGCUUCACCAAUCGUCUCUGCUGGGACCACCAGCCCGCUGAGGUCCGCGAAGCUUGGUUCAACGGUACCCUAUUCCCAGAAUGUGGAACCGCUGGGGCGGACGCGACCGAUUACCAGCAGCAACGCACUCGGCGGCGUCGUUCGCGCCAGAAACCCAAUCCCACAGUGGCGGAAGUCGCUCCAGUACCGGUAUAUGAACCGCCGGUGUACGUUUCCCGAGCCUCCUCGCACGACUCAGAUAAUGAUGACGCCGCCCGUGACGUUGGCCACCAACUAUCUACGAUAGGAGAAGAAGCCGAGGUUGCGUCCCCGCCAACAAGGGAACCACGAGCUCCUCGCCCGGAAACAGCGCCAGGGACGCCGACCGCGCGUCGCAGUCAAAAGACGGUCCAUUUCGCCGAGCCUCCUCCUCGGGCCUCCUCUCCAGAGAAGCACCAGGUUGUGGCGGUGGACGUCUGGACGGCCGCUGACCCCGCCCCCUCUACUUCGGAAACCCGUCUUCGGUCUUCCCGCCACUUGCGCAGCAUUGACGGCCGGCACGGAACCCGCUCGUCGCCCAAGACCUCGGGCAGCGCUGUCGGCCCUGUCACGCGUAACCGCGAGAAGCGUAGGAGCACCGGCAGCGUCCCCAACAAGCCAGCCGACGCCAAGCGGGCGCCGAGAUCAAGGUCCAGGCCUUGA